UGUAUAUACGGUGAUGUUUGACCUAACAGUAACACUACAUCUUCCAUUGUUUUGCUGGUUAAUCAUAAUGACAUUUUGGUGAUACAUAUAUAAUGGACCAUCAAAGUGAAGGAGAUGGAAAUACUGUUUUGGAUGCUCGUGAUGUGUAUGUGUUAAUGAGGCGUGGAUGCCGGAUUUCCAGAAAUAUCCGAGCAUCAUGGUACUUUCAGCAUCUCAACUCUGUCAUCCCGUUCACACCCCAGGAACAUGUGGGGGAGUCAGAAGAAGAGUUAUCUAUCUUGUCAGUGGUGCCACCAGAUGGUCAGCCACCACUUCGGCCAGGCCAAACCUGCAGUGUGUGUAUCACCCCACAGACCAUUGUGACCUUCCUGGCCUCUCGAUACCGCCUGGCCUUCACCCUUGACCUUAGCCCUUCAAUCAUGUCUGUGAAUAUCUGCGACGGCUUGGUUGUGAAUGAUGAGUUAAUGCUAACCCUUAGCAAUUGUCUACAUGGCCUUGUCAAACCGGUAAGUGGUUACAUGGAGAAGAAACUUGUAUAA